GGCCCGCUCGGAGUCUUGCACGGAUGAUUAAAACUGUUCAAUAAUUUAAAAAAUAUGAGCUCAAUCUCAUAUAUAUAGAUACCCGAUCCAAUCUUCUAGUUUUUCAUUUAAAUUCCAGGAUUUAAAAUCCAAAUUGAAUAUUGAAUCGAGUAUCUACAUAUAUUAUACUCCAUUGAGUUGAUUUCUUGAGGGCCUAUUCGGAGUUUUUUUUUUUAAAUUAUUAAACGAUUUGGAUCAUUCGUACUGGACCCAAAAUGGGCCCCGCGUUCCGGUAGUAUACUCCCCGUCGGUUCCCUUCAGAGUUUUCGCUUAAUAAAUACUCCUACAAAUCCUAGGUUACUCUUUCACACUGUCUGGGACUCUGGUUUGCAAUCUAUCGGUGAGGCGAUUUAGGAAUGGGUUACUGCAAGCAAUUCGAUGAACUGUUCGAAGCCGAUUCCGAUCAUGCUGCUGCUGUGGCGGCGGUGGCUGCCGGGAGGUAUACUUUUAUGUGUAGGCAGGAUGAUAAUGCUCCCCUUCCCCCUGUACCCGAUUGGUAUGAUCUCUUUCAUGUCAAUGUAUUGGCCUAUUAUAAAAACCUUGAGAACGAUGUCCUGGUGCUGCGAUCAGACGAUAGUUUUCAUAUGCCUCGCGAAUUUUUUCUGGAGAGAAGGGAAUUGCUGGAGAUUGUCUUUGUUUCCACCCUGUAUUACGUUGAUAUACCGCGGGCUGUCGUGGAAUCAAUAUUUGAUGAGGUGAUCAGAUUGGCCUGUUCGAUGGUGCUCAAUGAUGGUAACAAUGUGGUGCACCGUCAGGUACUACCUAUGACCGUGGAGAUCGUAAUCAGUGAGAACGAGGAGGAGAUGAGUGCCAGGACUUUGCGCGAUUCCAGAGUGGAUGAGGCCUUUCCCUUUCCCUUGCUCCCUGAGAUGCACCACGAGGCUGUCGGUGAGUGGGCUAUUUCUCAAGUCACAGGAGGACUAGAGAAAGUGGCUCUUGAGUCCUGUUCGGUUAAACCACGAUGUGCGAUUUGCUUGGACACUAUUUUGGUGGGGAAUCGCAUGCCGUGCUCUCAUAUCUAUCAUGGAUACUGUAUUUACCGAUGGCUGAGGAAGAGCAACUCAUGUCCCCUAUGUCACUUUGCCAUGCUGCGCAACUGAUCGACUUAGAUAGAUAGAUAGAUAGAUAGAUAGACGGAUAUGUUUUGGUUGUUAAACAUUAUUAUGGCCAUUGAAUUAUUCCUGCUAGUAUUUUUUUUGUUGUUGCUAA